CGCAUGGGAACUACGACUGGGUCGAGCCGUACCCUGCCACUGGCGGUGCUGGAGCCAUUGACAGUGCCAUGGCUGCUGCUGCUGCCGUCUCCUCGACACCUACGACUACUAUGACCCCCACCACCACAACGACUACUUCCUCAACGGUGACAAGCGACUCGUCCACACUAGCAGCCCCGACAUUAAAAUCAACGGACGUCCCGCGCCGCAAAUCUAUCAGUGAAGUGCUUCACAAUAAACGCAAAGCGAGUUUCUCCCGCCCUACAGCAAACGCACAAGACGAUUUCCGUGAAUAUGAUCGUCUACAACCAUUAUUUGCUUAAAAGUGCACGGAAAACAAACACCUGGGCACCGAUCCAAGAGCCUACAACGAUUGUUGACGUUGGCACAGCAAACGGUAUCUGGGCUUUAGAAAUGGCAGCAGAGCAUGUCAAUGCCCAAGUAAUAGGCCUCGAUCUUAAACCACCUACUACACACCAAGUUGGACCCAAGAACCUGAGCUAUAUUGAAGCAGAUAUCAACGACUCAUUGCCACUCGAAGAUGCAUCUGUUGAUUUCAUCUUUCAGCGAGCCAUGGGAAAUGUCAUUCGCAAGGAUAAGUGGUCUCAUGUAUUGCAGGAGAUGCAUCGUGUAUUAAAGCCGGGUGGAUACAUCGAGCUUAUUGAGCCUGACAUGUGGCACCACAAUCCAGGACCGGUACAAAACGCUUUUGACGCAUUUAUACAGGAACAGUGCACAGAAUGGGGUCUGGAUUUCGCAUUCACCGAGUCGCUGGGUACACAGAUAGAAGAGGCUGGAUUCGAAAGUAUGGAGCAUCGACAACUGGAUGUGCCUAUUGGCGAAUGGCCAAAAGACGCAGAGUUGAAGCAGUUUGGAUUUAUCAACAAGGAGACGCACAAGCUCUAUUUACGUAACCGGAAAAGCUUUUUCAUGACAAAUUGGUCCAUCUCGAGUGAGGAUUAUGACAUGGCUGUGUUGGAAGUGCUUGAAGAGUUUGAAGAUUAUCAUGGCUUUACCCGUUAUAAUUGCUGGAUUGCUCGCAAACCGCAGUAAUAGUAAUAAUUCGUAAUAAUUCCUCAAGUACCAUUACCAUCUCUCUAUAAACAUAUACACCACACACACACACACACACACGUACAUACGUAUAUACGCACACUUUACCUAUAAAUCUUUUGUAUAUUCCAUUUCCAUAGAUGAAAAAAAAAGAAGAAUAUUAUAUUAU